CAACCAUCAAUGGUGGGGAUCAUGGGGAUAUCAGAAUCAGUGGAGCAGGAGUUAGUUUUCAGUAGGAGCAGUGCCUUUAGUUGGAGAUCAUGUUACACUCUACAACCAAUAGCCUUCUGACUGGUGCGCAGACUUUGAUGAAACGCAGGAAAUUUGAAACUGGGAUGAAAACUGACAAAAAUAUACAUUAAAAGAUCAGGUUUAAAAUUAUUUUACUUCCCAAUCUCUCAUGUUAAUGCUUAGCGUUCUCUUUCCACCAGACGGCGUCAACAAUUUUCCGUUGCACUACCCCCUGUCCACAUGUUCACGAAGAUAGCUACUUGUGAUGAAAAUCUUGUCCCACGGCUUUCAAUUAUACGAUAUAUUAGCCCGAUUGAUAAUCUGUGUUUAGUGUAUGAGAGCUGCAAGGCGUAGAGACCUUAAUGCUCUUCGGCCGUUAUGAAUUAAUUGCUAUUCGAGUAAGUACGGUUGUGCAGGUGAUUGACGGGCUCAGUAGCCAAGAGGAAAUAAAUCCUACCACUAAGGCGGGUCCAGGCGCCGUAUGAGCCAAUGGGUUGUCGAGCGGGGUGUAACUUCGAGUCCCGUGAGGAUACAUCGUGAAUUACAAAGAAACAAAAGCAACGGAGGCAACGAGUGCGCGGUGAGACAAAGAGCUAUGAAUAAGGACAGAGUAUUUCGGAAGCUCUUCGUGGGUGGGUUACCUUAUCAUAGCAACGAAAUAUCACUCAGACGAUAUUUUCAGCGAUUCGGAGAAAUUGAAGAAGCGGCGGUGAUAACGGACAGGUUGACCGGACGAUCUCGAGGUUAUGGUUUUGUCACCAUGGCAGACUGGGUUGCAGCAGAUAGGGCAUGUAAAGAUCCUAAUCCUAUCAUUGAUGGAAGAAAAACUAACGUGAACCUUGCCUUUCUUGGGGCCAAACCCCGCAUGGUACAUUCAGGAGGUCUGGCCCUGCAGCAAGUGCAUUCCCCUCUAAUGCAGAGACCAUACGGUGUUGCACCAUACCUGAUCCCACAGACCAUCCUUCAACCUGGCCUGGUCCUGCCCUCCACCUCGUACCUGGAUUCCAAUGUUGCAUUGUAUACACAAUAUCCUACCUAUGAACAUUACUACCCAGCCUCCCCUCAGUACCCCAAUCUUGGCUACGCCUACACAAUGCAGCUUCCAUUGCAGACUGGAAUUCCAAACUUGAGCCAAUGCCAGCAUGAGCCAACAACAUUACACACAGCUGGACUUCAGAGACGAUAGCCAGUGUUAACGAAAGCAGGCACAAGGCCGAGAUCUUGAAUGCUGACUCGAAGGAAAUUCCAAGACCGCUGAGUUUGUCAACUGUACCAUUUGGAGCUACUACCAUUGUAUUCGUAAUAAGAAUACCUUUUUUAAUUUUACAGUAAAAUAUGAACCAAAAUAGAGGAAAAUGCAAAUUCUGGCAUUGUACCUCCUAAGUAAUUUUCUUUUUUUUUGCUCCCCAUUUCUCCUUUCAAAGUUCCUGAAAGUUAUGCUUGAGUAUUUCUGAUUUUUUAACUUUCCCUCCCACCUUGAAGGGAAAAAUCAGUAUGCAAGUAUUUUGUAUUUGGAAAUGUGAAUUUAUUAUCAAACCGAUUCCCAUUUCUUGAGUGAAAGUGGGGAUGGAUUGAGGCUGACCAGCCACUGCAAGGUUAGGGUCCGCUAAAGCCAGCUCAACAUUUCUCUCGACUGAAUCGGUUGCUGACAACUGGGAAGAUAUAAUUUCUACCGUAUAUAGCUAUAAUCUAGAACACUUGUGGAAACCUUAAAUGCUUACAUAAAGAUCAGGACUUCUAUAAGGAAUUGUUGCAUUGCAAUUCCAUGCUCAGCUCAGGAUUUUUUUAAUAUAAAUGUAACUUUAUACUUCCGAUCCUAGACAGGAGUCGUACAUUUGGGGAUUCUUUUGCUUGAAUCAGCUAUGCAUCUAUUCAGACCACUUGUACCUGGGGGGGGGAAACACUGCUGAAGUAACUUAUGAAAUUGUGUAAUCAGUUCAUAGUGUUUAUUGUGAGUACUUUAUACUUGCAAGUACUUACACUAUGAAUUGCAGAAAUUAACGUAUUUGAAUGCUGAAGUGUUCCUUUUUUCUCUGUAAACAUUAAAUUAAAUGAAUAUUUAUAAACAA